UAUAUCGUUGUACUGCUCAUCUUCCAUUUAUAAUCAUUCAAAUUUUAGGAACCUAGAUCAAUCUUCCCCAUGGAUGAAUUUCUUCUUCUUAAUCCAUUUCUGUGUUUCCUCACCGCCGCCUCAUUCUUGGCGUGGUUCCUCCUCAACCGGCGUCGUACAAACCAGCAGCAGGGGCUGCAGCCUCCAUCGCCGCCGCGGCUGCCAAUCUUGGGGAAUCUUCACCAGCUAAGCGCGCUGGCCCACCACUCAUUCCACGCUUUGGGGGCCAAGUACGGUCCGAUCAUGCUGCUGCACUUCGGCAGCCGGCCGGUGGUCAUCGUCCAGUCAUCCGCCGCCGCUGCCGAGAUCAUGAAAACCCACGAUCUCGCCUUCGCAGACAAGGCCGCGUUGGGGACGAUGAGGAAAUUGUUCUACAAUCACAAGGACAUAUCUGUCGCCCCUUACGGUGAAUACUGGCGGAAAUUAAAAAGCAUUUGUGUUCUUCAGCUGCUGAGCAGCAAACGGGUGCAGUCUUUCCAUUUCAUCCGAGAGGAAGAACUUGCCCUUUUGGUUGAGAAGAUCAAAGCCUGCUGCAGAUCCAGCUCCAGCUCGCCUGUCAAUUUGAGUGAGCUGUUUAUGUCGUUCACUUACGACGUGAUCUGCAGAGCAUCCUGUGGAAAGAAGUAUAGAGAAGGGGAACAUGGCGGGAGGUUUCCAAAGCUGCUAACAGAAGUUGUGCAGCAGGUGGGGAGAGUGAAUGCCGGGGAGUAUGUUCCUUGGCUAUGGUGGAUUGAUUGUCUGACAGGAUUCGAGAAGAGGGUCGACAGGGUUGCUAAGGAAGUAGAUGAGUUCUUGGAGAUGGUAAUUCAAGACCACCUGAAUGCGAAAGGAUUGCAAAUUGGUGAGUCUGGACAAGGAAAUGAAGACAGCUUUGUCGGAAUUUUGCUCAACAUUUACGGGGAUGGCAUCAUCGACAGAGACGGUAUAAAGGCCAUUAUCCUGGACAUGUUUGCCGGGGGAACUGAGACGACAGCUGCAGCGCUGGAAUGGACGAUGACAGAACUUCUCAGACACCCGAAUGUCCUGAAAAAAUUGAAAUGUGAAGUGAGAUCAAUCCUGAAAGACAAGAAUCACACCGUAAGUAUAACCAACAAUGACUUGGAACAAAUGCAUUACCUGAGAGCAGUGGUGAAGGAAAUCAUGCGCAUUCAUCCUCCGGUUGCACUUACGAGCAGAUUAGCGCGGCAAGAUGUCAAGGUUAUGGGAUACAACAUUCCUGCUGGGACCAUGGCCCUUGUCAAUGCUUGGGCAGUCGGUAGAGAUCCUGCAUCCUGGGAAGAACCCGACGCAUUUAAACCUGAGAGAUUUGUCGGCAGCUCAAUAGAGUUCAAGGGUGCAGAUUUCGAGCUGAUACCAUUUGGGGCAGGAAGAAGGAGCUGCCCAGGAAUUGGAUUCUCCAUGGCAAGCAUCGAAUUCGUGUUAGCUAAUCUUGUAUACAAAUUUGAAUGGGAUUUACCAAAGUACUGUCAGGACUUGGACACCGAAGAACUGCCCGGUGUAACUACCCACAGGAAGAAUCCUCUCUUUGCUGUUGCAACUGAAGCUCAAUUCCAGAAGGAUUGAGCUAUCUUAAUUGUGAAAGCUAUAUAUAUAUAUAUAUAUUUUCAAGGAAUCCAUGGCAAUUGCAGUGCUUUAAUAAAGAGGGUAUGCGCUACGAUACAAGAAGUGCAGGGUUUUAAUCAUGUUUAUUCAAAGUAAUUUGAUGUCAGCUAAAACUAUCAACACGUAAAAAAUAUCAAUAUG